AUGUUUAUUCAAGAGUUGUGGAAAAAGAACCUUGAAUGGGAUCAAAAACUGCCAAAGGAACUAGCUGACAAGUGGAUUGAAAUUGCACAGAACACAGAAAAUGCUACCUCCCUGGAAAUACCCCGUAUGUGUAUCCGUGAAAACCCAUCAGAAACGACUGUACACAUAUUCAGUGAUGCAAGCAUGAAGGCCUACGGAGCAUGUGCAUACAUUGUUUCAGGAGACCAAAGUUCACUAAUUAUGGCCAAAAACAGAGUUGCCCCAUUAAAAACACUUACAAUACCUAAACUGGAAUUGAUGGGAGCACUACUUAGAGCGAGAUUAUUAGAAUUCAUCAAGAAAAACAUCCAAUUCUCAGAUGCAGUCUUGUGGACAGACAGUCAAAUUGUCCUGAGCUGGUUGGAAACAACAAAAACUUUAGGCACAUUUGUGAGAAACAGAAUACAAAAAAUUAAGAAGUUAACUGAACAGUACAAAUGGAGGUACUGUCCAACAGCCUCAAAUCCUGCUGAUAUUUUAUCUCGCGGUGCUGACUUUGACAAAUUUAGGAAGAACGAAUUGUGGUCAAAAGGACCAACUUGGAUUACUGACAAAAACAUGUGGCCCAUAUAUGACAAAACCGAAAGUCAUAUUCUUGCAAACAUAACAGAAUCUGAGAAAUGUGGAUACCAGGAGGAGGACUCACAAGAAAAGAGAAAUGUACAGCCUGAUCCCAGAGAACAAAGAAUUUCAGAAAUUAUUGACAUCUCGAAGUUUAACAAUUACAGAAAAUUGUUGAAUGUUACUUCCUAUGUUCUAAGAUUCAUACAAAAUUGUUCCAAAGAACAGAAAGUUACAGGUCCACUGACUGUCUCAGAAAUUGAACACAGCUCACUGAUGUGGAUUAAAAAUGCUCAACAAGAAAACUAUCCAGAUAUUUUUGCAGAAUCACAAAAAGAUGGAAAAUCUAAACAUUGUCUAUCAAAACAGCUGAAAUUAUACUUAACAAAUGAGGAUCUGAUCAGAUGUGGAGGGAGAAUACACAAUGCACCAAUCAGCAAAACAGCAAAGCAUCCAAUACUCCUAGCAACCAAAGAUCCACUGACCACUUUGAUUGUUUUAGAUGCACAUAGAAGAAAUUUGCACUCAGGAGUCAAUAGUACAGUCACAUUGUUGAGACAGAAUUACUGGAUACAAAGAAUUCGCCAGAGUGUAAAAUCUGUAUUGCGAAAAUGCAUUACAUGUAGAAAAAUCAUGGGAAAACCUUAUCCUAUUCCAGAAGCACCACCGUUACCUAAAGACAGAUUGAGAGAAGAACCUCCUUUUACUGUAACAGGUGUGGAUUUCACUGGUGCCCUGAAGGUACGAAAAAAGAAUGGACAUGAAGGCAAAGUAUACAUAUGUCUUUUCACUUGUGCUAGUACAAGAGCUGUCCACCUGGAAUUGGUAACGGACCUCACUGAAGAACAAUUCAUUUGA